CUGUUGCUCCCUGAUUGGUCGCGCGUUACGUCACAGAGGAAGAGGAACCCGCCGCCACUUCCUCGUCUCCCGGCCAGCGCGUUCCGCUCCGCUCAUUCAUCCGCGCGACCUUCUCUCGGCUCUCCGCUCCCCGCGAGCUGUGUAUGAUCUCCGGGCCGCUGCGCAGUCUGCUCCACAAAGCUCACGGAGUUCUCCUCGCCAUGAAUCCGCAGGUGGUGUUCGUCCUGGGCGGACCCGGAGCCGGGAAGGGGACUCAGUGCGCCAAAAUCGUCGAGAACUACAGCUACACUCAUCUGUCUGCCGGAGACCUGCUGAGGGAGGAGCGCAGCCGGACGGGCUCGGAGUUCGGGCAGCUCAUCGACACCUACAUCAAGGACGGCAGGAUCGUCCCCGUCGAGAUCACCAUCAACUUACUGAAAAAGGCGAUGGAGGAGACGAUGAAAAAAGACGAAAACAAGUUUCGCUUCCUGAUUGACGGCUUCCCUCGGAACGAGGACAACCUGCAGGGCUGGACGAGGGUCAUGGACGGCAAAGCCGACGUCAAAUUCGUCCUGUUUUUUAACUGUGGUAAUGAAGUUUGUAUCGAGAGAUGUCUAGAAAGAGGGAAGAGCAGCGGCAGGACGGAUGACAACAAAGAGAGCUUGGAGAAAAGGAUCCAGACGUACCUGCAGUCCACACGGCCGAUCAUAGAGCUGUACGAGAAGCAGGGCAAAGUGCGCACCAUUGACGCUUCACGCUCCGUCAGUGAGGUUUUCGCCGACGUCAAGUCCGUCUUCGACAGAGAGGGGUGAACCUGCUGGCUCCGCCCCCUGAGGGGUGGAGUUCCCUGAUGCCAGCGACACUAUGCUUCAUCCAUUCCCACCUUUAUAUCUUUUGACUCCAUUCUCUUCGAACACAGAGAGGAUCAACAGAGACCAAAGGACGUUUUUCCACUGGAAAUCGUCGGCUCUGUUAAAAUUUUUAUUUUUUCAUCGUGGUUAUAUCCAUCCUAUAUAAACACGUUCGCACUAAUUGUUGUUACUACCAACUAUAAAAAGUUAGACUUUUUAUUUUUAGGUCAAAUUUUCUUUUAUUGUAGUAAAAUCUUUCUAUCCUGUUGGUCCAUUCCUGGGUCAUGUAGCGUCGUAUAAGCUUUACACACUGCACAUCAUACUGUGUAUGGUGAUUCCAUUUGAAGUUGUUUACGGAAAGCGUUUACUUCACAUUAUUGUAGCCUAAACUGGUGUUUACUGGAUUAAUGGGUGUACUUAUUUUUUUUCUCAGCAGGUUUCUGAACAUUGGAAAUAAAAUUGUUUAACAUUAAA